UGAAGAAGAAGAAUACGAUGAGCCUCCACAGUGCAAGGCAGGACAGGAUAUUGUGCUGCAGUCACCUGUAGACUGGGUGCUCUUGGAUGGCCGAGAAAGUUCAGAUGACCACGGAAUUGUGCAGUAUGAGUGGACACUGCUGCAAGGCGACUCAUCAGUUGAAAUGCAGGUGCCACAACCAGGAACACUGAAACUGUCCCACUUUCAGGAAGGCAGGUACAUUUUCCAGCUAACUGUGACAGACACAGCAGGUCAGCGGAGCUCUGACAACGUCUCUGUGACCGUUCUGCCCAUGGUUCAUUCUGCAGUAGCCUGUGUGGGAGUUUGCUCUCGCUACCAGUUUAUCUGUGAUGAUGGCUGCUGCAUUGACAUCACCUUUGCUUGUGAUGGUGUGAGACAGUGCCCUGAUGGAUCAGAUGAAACUUUCUGCCAGAAUCUCAGCCCAGGUCGGAAGACGGUGACACAUGCAGCUCUUGGCACUACCCAGCAAAGGACUGUGGAACUGACCGAAAACACAGAUGAAAGCCUCUCUGCAGAAAACACCCUGAAAGCCACUGCCAGAAAUCAACCCCUUCUCUCAGAGGAUGCAGACAUGUCUAACCAAUCGCUUUCUCAGGGACCAAAGAAACAAAUCAGUGGAUUUGUGCCAGAUAACAGUUCCUCAGGGAAAAGAGCAGAUGAUAAAAACGAGAAUGGCAUAAUGGUGCCAAAGAGAGGUCAGCUUGGAGGUGGUCGUCCAGUCCCAGAAACAGGUGCUGUGUUACCCUUAGCCUUAGGCUUGGCCAUUACUGCUUUACUGCUGCUUAUGGUUGCUUGCCGACUGCGCUUAGUGAAACAGAAGCUUAAAAAAGCUCGACCCAUUACAUCUGAAGAAUCUGAUUACCUCAUCAAUGGGAUGUAUCUCUAA